AUGCAGCUCCCUUGCACGCAGCAGCAGCAGCAGCAACAGCAGCAGCAGCAGCAGCAGCCUCACGUGUACGUACAGGGCGCGGGCGAAGACGUCAGCUGCGUGCCCUUUGGAGAAGAUUUGCUGCGGCAGCAGAGUACAGGGGGCACGUUGCUUCCUUUCCAAGGAGUGCAGCAGCGGUUUGCUGCUGUCGGUGCUGCUGAGCAGCAGCAGCAGCAGCCACAGCAGCAGCAGCAUCCGCAGCUGCAGCUGCUGCAGCAGCACCCGCACCAACACCACCAGCCAGAGCAGCAGCAACCGCACCAGCAGCAGCACCAGCAGCAGCACCAGCAGCAGCAGCAACCGCAGCAGCAGCACCAGCAGCAGCCGCAGCAGCAGCAGCAGCACGGCCAGCAUCAGCAGCAGGUAUCCCCGAAGCCCCGACGCUCAGUAACGGGAGCAACUGCUGCGGCAGCAACAGCAGCAAGCAGCAGUUUUUCUCAGGCCUCCCCCCUUGCCCAGCAGCAGCGCAGCCCCGAAGCCGAAGCAGCAGCAGCAGCAGCAACAGCUGCAGGCGGGUCGGUGUGCGGCGGCGUUUCCGCUGCAGCCGGCGGAGCCGCUGGUUCCAGCGCAGCAGCAGCUGCAGCAGCAGCAGCAGCAGCAGGGGAAGAGUGGUGGGUGGUGCCGCAGCCGCGAGAAGACCCCCCGCUGACUGCAGCAGAAGUGGAAGAGCUGCUGCAGCAGCAGCUGCUGCCGCACUGCCCCUCUGUGGUAUACCACAAAGAAGGGUUUUGCUUCUAUGCUUUGUGGCGGCUGCGAGACGGAGUGCUGCAGCGCCGCAAGUGCCUCAUAGAGUCUUUGGGGGCCCGGGAGGCCCACAGGCAGGCCGUGCAAACCCUCAUGAAGAAAUUUGGCUUUGAAGGGGCCCACCAAAAGGCCCUUGACUGGUACGAGGCGAAGCGUGUGGAGCUGGGCCUGCGGGAGGCCCCUGGGCAAACCGAAGUGGACAUGCAAUUUGCUGCUUCUUUAACAACUCAAGAGCUGCUGGCUUUGGCGCUGCAGGCUCCUGACGCAGCACCGCCAGCAGGUGCAGCAGAAGGCGCCCUUUUAGCUGCUGCGCCCAGCAGCUACGCGGCGCCGGCCAAGAAGAAGCAGCAGCAGCAGCAGCAGCAGCAGCAGCAGCAGCAGCAGCAGCAGGGGGAGCAGCAGCAGCUAAUGCCCUUCCACGCGUUCCCCGCUGCUUCUGCGGCUGCGUACGCGCCAGAACUGCCGCUGCAGGCGGCCAGUAGUAGAAAGGACCCCGCGCAGGAGCAGCAGCUGCUGCUGCUGCAGCAGCAGCAGCAGCAGCUGGUGCUGCAGAUGCAACAGCAGCAGCAGCAGCAACAGCAAAGUGCGGAAGCAGCAGCAACUGGGAAGCUGCGGGCCCCCAAGCGGCCCAAGAUCACGUCAGGCAGUCAUGAUGUGCUUAGAAGGCGUAGUGACUCGAAGUAUAAACACUUAAAAGCAGCAGAAACAGCAGCAGCAGCAGCAGCAGUUGCUGCUGCUGCUGCACCUGGAGCAGCGGCGGCAGCCGUCACAGAAGCAGAGCUUCCCUGUGCGACACUGCCGCAGCCGUUCCAGGCGUUUGGAGCCGAGACGCAGCAGCAGCAGCAGCAACAGCAGCAGCAGCAGCAGCAGCAGCAGCAGAAGAGCAGCUUCUGUUCUGUUGGAUUGUCUGUAGAACAGCACGCAGCUCACAGACCUCUGGCAUUUACUUCUGCUUCUCGGGAGGAUUCUGUGGACGGUGUUGUGCGUCGAUUGUAG